UUCUGUAUUCACCUGUUGACUCGCGUUAGCUUUCAUUUCAUACCAUUAAUUAAUGAUACUUAUUACAACCGACAUUUUUAACACUUAUAUUAAAAAAUCGUGAAGGAAAUAUAUUUUUCUUAGAAUUUUAAAAUCAUGUUGCCCCGUUGGUUGAUAUUAAUAUGCUUCUGCAUAUUUUUACAAUGGAAUGUAGAUUCUUCGAGUGCUAAAAAAUUGGACGUAGUUCACGAAUGGAAGUAUUUUGAUUACGAUUUCGGUAGCGAAAAAAAGAGAGAUGAAGCCAUUAAAUCUGGCGAAUAUAAUUAUAAAAGUAUGGCUCCUAUAGACGUGGAUAAAUGGAAGGAUUUGACUUUCGUUACUGUGAUAAGAGCCAAGGGUGUGCCAGCCUCGCUGAACAUUGUUACCGAUAAACUUGGGCCUGGCGGGCCGCUUCUGAAACCGUAUCCUGACUGGAGCUGGGCCAAGCUUGGAAACUGUGACUCGAUCACAAGCGUUUAUAGAGUUGCGAUCGAUAAAUGCGACAGACUGUGGGUCUUGGACAACGGUAAAGUCGACGAUAAUCCGAUUUGCGACCCGCAGUUACUCGCCUUCGAUUUGAACACCUCGAAAUUGUUGAAGAGGAUCAAGAUACCGGAGAAAAUCGCGGUCAACGCGACUACUGGAAAGGGAUUAUUGGUCACACCUGUGGUUGACACCAGGGGUGAAUACUGUCAAAAUACAAUCGUUUACGUGGCGGAUGUUGAUGGUUACGCUCUGAUAUAUUACGACGAUAGAAGACAUUUUUUCAAACGUUUGACGUCGAGUGCGUUCAACUAUGAUCCUAAAUACACGAAAUUCACGAUUGAGGGAGAAAGCUUUACAUUGCAGGAUGGUAUCGUGGGAAUGGCUUUGUCUCAGCAGACGGGCAAUCUCUACUUUACCCCCAUGUCCUCCCAUACCAUUGGCUUUGUCCAGACCAACAUCCUUAAGAGAUCGAUGGGGGAAUCUUUGAAAGUGACGACUUAUGACAAUAUUCUGUAUACUCAAGAGAGCGCCAAAGCCAUGUCGAAGAGCGGAAUUCUUUUCUCCGGACGUGUCAGCGACACGUCGAUUGGUUGCUGGUACGAACGUAAACCAAGGACAAAAGAAUACGUUGGAACAGUUGCUAAAGAUCCUGUGACUCUGCAGUUCACCAGUGGCAUGAAAGUUAAACAGGGAUCCUGCGAGGAGCUUUAUGUACUGACGAAUAGACAUCAGAAGAUAGUAGGUGGAACCCUGAAUUAUAAUGAACCGAACUUUCGAAUACUGAAAGGAAGCGUAAAGAAGUUGGUACAGGGUACUGUUUGUGAGCCCUACAGGGAAAUUCCCGUGUUUCCUCCUAUUUGGCCGUGGCUAUUCGGUCCUGGACCUCGUGUACCAUUCUAAUAACUGAUGUGAAAUGACCAUUAAACCACGCUCGUAUUACCGCUUAUUAGAUUAUAUCAAUGGGUAAUUGUGGCACUUUCGAUAAAUACGCAGUGAAUUAAUAUACAUUUUCUCCAUUAAAUGUUACUACAAUUAUAUGUAUAUUCUAUAUAAUGUCAAA